GUAGUCUUAAUUAGAAACCUUUUCACGUUUAUAAUUUCAGAUAAAAUUAUGAUUUAUAUUUGUUGUUUGUCCAGUUAACAAGAAGAUGAGUAGAACGUCCUCUCCUAAAGGGUCCGAGGCCUCCUCUGAGGAUGGAAUCAAUCCCGACCUCAAAAUCAAGACAGUUAUCCAUUCCCUACUGGAGACGUGUAGAGCAGACGAACAGGAAGUACGACAGGCUGCCUCACAUUCACUUUCUCUUGUUGGCCGUCAUUAUCCUUUGUUGGUACUCCAGGAAUGGUUCUCUGAAUACUCGAAGGAAAAACAAACUCUUUCUCCCUCAUCGCCAAUCAGUGGGCGUCGACCAUCUGUAUCACCGAGUCAGGUUCAGCCGUUUGGUCGGCUCACCAGCGCCCUUCAGCCGGUCAUCACUGUACUGGUUAAACACAGCAGUCUGGAUCCUGGUGAUGUUCGUCAUCGUGCAAUCCUUGGACAGAUAAUGGCUGUUGUUGUUGAUGAAAUGUUACGGGGUUCAGCUAAAGGUUCACAUCUGGACAGUAUCUUAGUGGAUCUGGGUGGAACGUACAUGGAUAAGGUUAUGGAUGUACUUCUUGUUCAUUUUCAGCCAAAUAAUACAGGUAGUUUAAUAAACCCCCUAGUGGUUGAGUGUCUAGCUAGUCUAGCCUACAGGCAUCCUACACAGUGUGUUCCAUUCCUCAAAGCUAUUCUCUCAACUACAGCGCAUGUCAUGAAGAGUACUAAACUCCCUGAAGUAGCACUGAGAACUGAAAUAUGUAAAGCUAUUUGCAGAUUUUCGGAAGCUAUUCUCGAUUAUGUUUCGAACAUUAAUGAGAUGCCUGAUACCUCUGUUACGACAGCUCAUUUCCAAACUGAAGGUGAUACAAUAUAUGAUACACUCUACACAACCUGGUUAUCAACAGCUAAAGAAACCAAGAUGAAGACACUGAUUCUGGAAAGUAUGGCUGCGUGUACUCCAUUCCUGUCCCGUGACAAUGUACUUGAUCACGGUGUUACUAUGAUACUGGCUCUUCUAGCUCUCUACAAACGGUUGGGAAGCGUCGCUAAUUUAGAGAUUACUGUGUGUGCCUCUCAGUUGAUAGAUAUGAUGACGUCAGCAUCUCCUGCUGUUCUAGAGACCAUCCUUGAUCCUAUACUUCAAGCUAUGUUUAUCCAGGUUUGUAUACCUGCAGACUAUACAAGUCAUUCUAUCCUGAAGAACCAUCAUGAAGCCAUCAGAAGCUUUGAUACUCUCAUGAAGUACUAUCCAGAGAAAGUUGUAUCAGGUUUACUGUUGAAGUUUGAUAACUCUGACGAUAAAUCCCGAGUAGGAGCUUUAACCGUGGUCAAGCACAUACUCAACCUUCCCACCAAAACCCUGAACUACAGGUUGGAUGAGAUCACCAGAGCCAUCCAUCAGAACCUAGGAGAACAGAACAGUAGUGUACGAAGACUGAUUGCUCAAAUAAUUGUUGUUCUGGGAGAUCAUGGUUGUCUUUCAGGAGAGUCUGGAAAAGAUUUCAUAGAUUUUAUCGUAAAAAUGUGCGAAGAAGGAGAUAGGGGUACCGAGUUCAGCAGUACUGCUCCUGAACCUUUAGCUAUUAUGGGGGAUAAUAUACUGCAGCUACUCACUAAUUCAGUAGUUGGAGUUGAGCCUGUUCUGUGGCCGUAUUUACUAGAGUAUUUAAUGCAGGACACGUCAACGCUUGCUGUUUCUGCUGUAUCAAAAUCCUUGGCUGUUUUAUCAAUCAAGAAACAAGCUGCAGAGGAUCCUGAGUUUAGCGUAAAGUUUGAGAACUUGCAGUACUGUACAAGUCCUGUAGUUCUCUUCUCUAGACUCCUCGUGUUAGCAUCUAAUCCCCAGGUUAAUGGGCGCGGGAUUAAUAUCCUCAAAUUCUUGAAAAGUUUUGCUCCAAAUAUUCACUUCGGAUUGAAAGAACUCUGGGAUUCAAGGUUUCCCCUUCUCCUGCACUACCUGGAUCAACAUGAACCUGUAGACCUUCAUCAAUGGCACAACUGGUUGCUAGAUCUACUCACAGACUCUCUGGUCAAAAUGGAGGACCAGGACUGGUGUAUGAAGAUGGGGAACUGUUUGGUUCAUCAGUUCAACAUGUACGAGAACUCCUCUAUUGAGAAAUCGUUUGCAAUCAAGUCUGUAGGGAAGGUUCUGGUUCAAAUACAGAGUAACGAGGUGAUCCUGAACCAUUUAUCCUCAUUAUUCCUGGCAGCUCUAGAGCCCGGGGUCCAGGAGGAGAGCUGUGGUAUUGCCUUCGGGUCCACUGCCAGUACUCAUCUUAACCUUGUCAUGGAUAAAUUGGACACACUUUACAAAUCCCAGGUUAAAAAGAAGUCAACAACAUUCUUCGGUUUAUUACGAGAUAAAGCUGGUGAACAAACGCAGUCAAGGAGUUUAGCAAUAAUCCUGCACAGUGUGGGACAAGCGGCCAAGAAUGCACCAACCCCAGAGCUGGAACGGUUUGCUGAGAAGAUGAUCAAAGAUUUCCUUGCUCCUGCUCUCUUUACCUGCAGAGAGUCCGAGAAAAUACAGGAGUCGGUGCUGGCCUCUGUUUCUGAGGUUGCUACCGCCUUUCAUAGCGUUCACAAGCACAACCCGUAUUUCGUGAUGCCACAGCAAGAGGAGAUCCUCAGCUCUGUCAUUGCAGUACUUCAGGAUAACUUGAUAUCCCUGAAAUCUAAGCAAAUGGCCCUGAUUGCGAUUACAAAUCUGAUUCAGCUCCCACCGGUCAUCAGUCAAUUAACUAGGUGUUCUCUACUGAAGGCAAGCUUUAACACACUAUUCAACAGUUUUCUUGAGGCGGACUGUUUUAAACAUGAAGAUUAUAAGGUAGCUAGUGAGUUAGAGAAAAAGUUAACCAGCAUAGCAGACAGUCUUCACAUUCUUAUUCAGAAACUUCUGAAACAGGAUAUGGAACAGUCCACAGUUGAUGAGAUAUUUACAAUGCUUGAGACAUGGCUCCGUUUAGACCAACCUUUAUCUAGGGAGCUGUCUGUCAACAUUCUUCAGGGUGCUUUGGAUGUGUACGCUAAGAAUGUAAAAUUAGGCGUAGGAUCUCCAACCAACUUUACCCCUGGACCGUAUAUGAUUGGAGCUAUGGUGGCUAGAUGCCAUGAUCCCUCACUAACUGUGAGGAGAACAGCUUUGGCGUGUCUUCAGACCCUUCUACGUAUCCUUGGUGUUUACGAGGGUUUGUCUCCUGAGACCGUAGAAAACUCAUUGGAACAGUUGAACACUAUGAAUGUCAGAUGCAACAACCUGGAGAUGACCGGAAAGAUUGACCGCGGUGCAAUCAGUGAUGCGCUGGUCAACGUGCUUAACGAGCGUAUUCAACAUAAUCACAUUCUGACGCUUCUAGACAGUUUGGUUGAUGGGUUGCUUGAUUCUCAGUUGACCAGUGUUUCUGGUUGUAUCUCAGUAUUCGAGGGACUAGUAAGUGUACGGGGUAGUGAGGUGUUCCAAAAUGUUCCUGGUUUGGCGAGCAAGCUGCACUUCAAGAUGACAAUGAUGGCGGUGGAUGAGACGAGUGAUCUCAUGGCUAAGGUUGCAGUCAAUAUUAGAUAUCUGGCCGUGCACAACUGCCGUGGUGUGGUUUCUAGUCUACUGCGCGCAGAAAUGCCGUUCGAUCAGUCGGCUAAACUUAUCUGGACUUCGCUUACAGAAGGUAUAAAGCUGAGCACUGAUGUACUGGACCUGUUGUUGGAGACAAGUGGUGAUCAUCCUGUUCGGCAAACUGUACAUGGAACCUACCUAGCUGAACCAUUAGCUGUUUCCAGUAUCUCAGCAUUAACAAUAAUGCUGGACUCUCACAAGUUAGAAGUAAUCUGCAGAGAGGAGUUUGGUAAAAUAUUCAGCCAUCUUAUCGUAGUGUCAUCACAUUUUGUAAACGCCAGAUUUGAGAGAAAAAGAUCUGAUGCAGGGGUAGUAUCUACUAUAUCCCCAUUCAUUAUAGCUCUAGAGGCACUUAGGAGUUUGUUUUCUUCAAUAAAUUGUUUGGUUGUAUCUCAUAGUAUAACAGCUGAUCAAACACAUGCAGAUUUACAAACACUCAGGGCUGUGUUAGGACGUAUGGUUCGCUCUGUUGUAAUCCAUGCUCCACAUCUUCUCCAACUGAUGGUUUCAUCUCUCCUCCCCUUCAGUUAUGGUUCCAGCCCUGAUUGUGUCCGUGAGGCCAGUAUAUCCGUCCUACGUUGUAUAUCCCUGGAGAAAGCAGGAGGAGAUAUGGUUCUUCUUUCCUCUGUUAUCUCAGCUCUUCUCAAGGGUAUUUCAGACCCUGCUGGUAAGGUUCGUGAACUAGUUCUAGAAGGUCUGGUUGGAGUAGAACACUGCACUGUGGCAGAUAUUGAUACAUUAGCAGAGGCUUUGGUUGCUGGAUAUGUGCAGGGAAUAGAGGACGAAAAAUCUUCAGAUGUAGCACUUGUUGCUCUAAAAGGAUUGUGUCGUAUCCUACCUGUUCUACCGGCGCACUACGUUCAUAAUUCAAUAGAUCUGAUCAGUCUUAAGGUUCGGCCAUAUUUCGAAAUGGCUGGAAAUGAACAUAGAGCAGCUGCUGUACAACUGUACAAAACAUUGGCUAAGUUUGCUGAGGGAAGUUUUAGGACAAUUUAUCUUGAUCAUUGUCAAUCCAUUCUAGGUCCUGUUCUGCUGUACAGUACUUCCUCGCACAAGGAGACAAGUAAAGCGUGCCUAGCCACACUGGAGGUUAUACUAGAGGCUGCUAAGGAACCUGACCUCGCUUAUCAAAUAAAUAGCUUCAAUAUAAUCAAGGGGUUUGAUCAGCUGAUGGAUAAAAUUAUUGGAUGUUCAAGUACUGAAAUUAACAGUAUGCUUGAAAGCUUGAUAGGACAGUGUCUUGGAUAUUUCAGAAGUAGCAAUCCUAAUCUCAGGAGAAACGCUGUAAUUCUGCUAAGCAAGGUUCUUUGUAAGCCUGGUCUUAUUCCUGGAGAUAAGGAUGGAUUCGAUGAGGAGCUGAUAACAGGAGUUUUAGGAGGAACACUAGAUCUACUCAAGGAUCCGGAUAUUGAGGUUCGUAAGACUGCUGCGCUGUAUAUUGGAGACCUGGUUACUUUGCAGGCAAACCAGUCCUAAAUACCAGCACCUGAAUAUCAUGAUCUUCCGAUAUAACAUGAUUUUGCAUAAUUCAAUCAUGAUGCCAGUCAUACCUUCCUAUACUGCACAAUUAAAGUUUAUUAUUAGUUUAAGUUAAUGAAAUUUCUCCGUUCAGAAUGUUUUCUUUUUUUGGCGGGAUAUUAUCCAGAAGGAAACAAAUGUUUAUUUAAGGGCCUAUGCUUUUCCGUCCGAACAAUCGAUUUAAACGUUUAAUCUCUUUAUUUUAAAUACGUAAAACAUAAACAU